GCUAGUCAAGGUCGCACAUGACAUCGUUGUUCAAAUCAUGUAGUCUUCUGAUUGGAUAGACUAUUUACUAUAUAAACUGAUUUUCAAUCGUCGCUAUUUGCGAUUUGUUCUCUAACACUCAGCACCAGCCGAGUCAUGCUGUCUAUGGAGGAAAUCAGAGCACUUUUUGAUUAUGCAGAUACCGACAAAUCGGGGAAACUUUCCUCGAAAGAAGUAAAGAGGUUAUUAGAAUUAGGAUCUAGUCGCAAUCUGUCAGAAAGUGUUGUACAAAAAUUUAUGGACAAAUACGAUCAGGAUGGUGAUGAAGAGUGGAGCAUUGAUGAACUGGUCCAGUUUUUUUCCUCAUGAGUAAUAUGAUACGCAAAAUGAAUGUAUUGCUUUUUAUUCUUAUAUAAAUUAAAUUCAUGCUUACCAAUA